UUUUUUUUUUUUUUUUUUUUUUUUGUAAUUCACUCCAACAAUUUGUGACAUUUACCGUCAACAAUAUUGUUUGUAUUGUAUACACGAAUGUACAUCGCUUUGGCGAUUUAGACAGAAAAAAAUCGUUUGCUUAGAUUCACAGACACGAUGUCAUUUGUAGGCAUUCUCUUGUUGGUUACUAUUGCUUCGGCUGCACAGGGCUAUCGAGUGUGCCCAAAGGGAUGGGUGUAUUACCGCAAUCGGUGCUAUCUUUUUUCUGAAGAGAAAGCGACUGUAAAAGAAGCAAUGAAAGGCUGUGCUAACGCUGCAUCAAACGGCCGCCUCGUACAAGUACACAACGCCCAAGAAGAAGCUUGGCUUGAACAGCAGUUAAAACUGAGAGCCAUGUCUAGGGUGUGGAUGGGAAUGUCUGACAUCAUGGAAGAAACCGUCUUUCUCAAACUCACUGAUGCCAGAAAGAUUGCAUUCACUAAUUGGAAUGACAAUGAACCAAACAAUCAUAGAGGGAUAGAGGACUGCGUUGAAUGGGUGUCUAAUGGCAAAUGGAACGACGCACCCUGUGAUGUAAAGAGGCAGUUUGUCUGUGAGAUGCCUUAAUGCCCAAGGAUCGGCAACGACUGGUCACUAAAAAAAUUACGGAUGAAUAACACACUGUUGUAAUGGCUGACUUCUGUUUGAAUAAAAUACCUGUAUCAAUAU